UAUUAAUUUUUUCUUUUCAGAUAUUUUUCAUUGUGCUGUUAUCGUUUUUUGGAGAAUGUCUACGUUUGGGAAAAUUGCAAAUCGAGUGUUAAAUUUAGCACCAAAUUUGCGUCCACUACAAAGAAAUCUUCACAGAUUGCCUAGUGCCAAAAGUGUGCCAAAGAAUUAUACAAAAUAUUUAGUGUUUGUAGGCGGUGGAUUGACGGCGUUGAUAUGUACAAAUUAUCUCAAAUCGGAACGUUUGAAUGCUGCUUUUCGCAUGCGAAAGACCGAAGAGGAAAAUAUGCUUAAGAAAUUGACGUCACGCGAACGCCGCUUCAUCAAGUUCGCAUCGGUGGAAUACCGCGGACAAUUGUAUAUGACACCACAGGAUUUCCUAGAUUCUGUGGUCGAACAAGAGCCAAGACCACGCUUGAAACGACGUGUGCUGGUUGAUCAGGAUUUACAGCUUAUAAAGGACAACACACCGCCCUUGAAAAAGGGCACAAAAAUGUUAUUUCGCACACUAAGGGACAGAGGCAUAGUUUCUUAUACCGAGUAUCUCUUCCUACUAUCCGUUUUAACAAAACCCAUUUCCGGUUUUCGCAUUGCAUUUAAUAUGUUCGAUACGGAUGGCAAUCAUCGCGUUGAGAAGGAUGAAUUUUUGGUGAUUUUGAGAAUUUUGGGCGGUACUUUCAAGCAGCAUAAAGUCGACGAAGAAACGCGCAAACUUUUGUUAAGUUUAAUUUGGGAUAGAGAAACUGCGGAGGCAAUAUUUAUCAAAACUCUAAAGAAACAGAAACAACAAGAAACUAAGGGCACAGAAGAUAUGGAACGCAUAUUUAGUGGCGUCUGGCAGGGUAAACGACGUCCCAAGGAAGAUAGGGAUAAAAAACAAGCGAAAGAGGAACCUAUAAGACGCGCACAGGACGAUUAUAUUGACGACGAUGAGGGUCUGCAGCGCAAACAUCGCAUUGACACCACACUACAGAUACAUUUGUUUGGCAAGAAGGGCAAUCAGGACCUCAACUAUGAUGGCUUCUACAAAUUCAUGGACAAUCUGCAAACGGAAGUACUCGAAUUGGAGUUCAAUGAGUUCUCCAAGGGCAAUGUGGCGAUCACCGAAAAUGAUUUUGCUAAAAUUUUACUGCGUUACACCUAUUUGAAUACGGAGGAGUAUGAUGCCUAUUUGGAGCGUCUAAUGGAUCGCAUUAAGGUGGAGCGUGGCAUAACGUUCGAAGAGUUUCGUGAUUUCUGUCGCUUUCUCAACAAUCUGGAGGACUUCGCAAUCGCUAUGCGCAUGUAUACGCUGGCCGAUCGUGCCAUCUCACAAAGUGAAUUCUCGCGUGCUGUAAAAAUUUGCACUGGCUUCAGCCUUAGCAAACAUUUGAUUGACACCGUCUUUGCUAUUUUCGAUGACAACGGCGACGGUAUGCUGUCCUACAGGGAGUUCAUCGCGAUCAUGAAGGAUCGUGUGCAUCGUGGCUUCAAAUCUAAUGCCAAAUCAGAAGGCUGGGAUGCUUUCCGGCACUGUGUGAAGCACGAAAUGAAGCAUGCCGAAACCAAGUAAAACUGAAAAAAAGCUCUCCAUAUUGUUACUGUUUAUAUGAAAAUACUAACAUCGAAUAUAAGACGAGGCGUUUUUUUUCUACAUAAAAGUCGUGAAAAUAUUAACCAACAAAAAAUACCAAAUAUUUUACAAACUAGUUGCACAACUUUUUUAAUUAAUAAUUAUUUACGAAAAAAAUUAAAUUCAAAUAACUGCAUAUACGCUACAAUGAAACUAUAGUUAAAGAAGCAUAAAAUUUCGAAUAUAACAAAUAUUUAAAAAAACUGCAUUGAAAAGCCCCGUGCUGUAGGCGAACCAAAGGUUGUUAGCAUAUUUUACCUACAUACAUAUAUAUUUGUAAGUUACAUUGCAUUUAUGUACAUGUGUAUAUGUACGACUUCUUUAUUUAAAAACUUCAUUAAUUUUUAGUCAAUUUUGUUUUUGCCUAUGCAAAAUAAUUAUUUUAGUUUUUAGUAAAUUAUUUUAUGUACAUACAAAUGUAUGACUAAUAUUUAUAUAUGUGUAAACUAAUUUAUAAUAUACCCGUGUUAUGUUUGUGCUGUUGUUUAAUUGUUUCAAAUUAUAUUUUUGUUGACUAAUUUUAGUUAAUUUGUUUUUUUUUUUAUUAAUAUUAAUAUAUGUUAAAUGGUAAACGCAGUGCAGGCACUCAGUCGCUUAACACUUAUACAAUAUUGAUAUGUACAAUUAAAUGAGCGUUUGAGCAAAGUAAAAUUGUUUCAAAAAAUAUU